GAGUGAACGUACCCUAAGACCCCAACUCGAACACUUUGAAUAGCGCGCCGACCACGUCUACCUCCUACGACGUCGGGCAUAGUAAGGUUUUCAUUGCAGAGAUACACGCAUAUACUCACCCGAGUGUCAGACUAGUCAACAGGAACAGGCACCUUAGAAGUGCGGGAAAGACGGAGCAAUGCGCGGCAGAGACAGCAGAAACGGCGAAGCCCCGUCGUCAGACGUGUGCUCUAAGCUUGCCCUGUGGUUGUUCGCGGUAAAUAUCGUUAUCGUUGUGCCAUGCGCUAUGCAUCCAACUCGUCGAAGGAGACGGCUGCAGACUGCGCCUGUCACCACCGCUGUACGAAGAGAUCAGGCAACUCGCGAGCAGGGGCAGAAAGAUGUUCGGAUAACGGAGAGCUAGUAACACGUGCUCGUG